GCAGCGGCGGCCCGGGCCCGGCCCCAUGGCGCGGGGGGACGCUCGCCGCGGCCACGGGCUCAUCGCGCUGACCUUCUGCCUGCUGACUGCGCGCGGGGAGCUGUCGUUGUCCCCGGAGUCCACAGUGGAGCUGAGCUGCGGAGUGGGGCCACUGCACGUGAUCCUGGGCCCAGAACAGGCUGUGGUGCUGAACUGUAGCUUGGGGACUGCUGCUGCUGGACCCCCCACCAGCGUGACAUGGAGCAAGGAUGGGGGCCCCCUGCCCGAGCAUGACCACCUGCACCUGCUGCCCAACGGCUCCCUGUGGCUGUCCCUGCCGCUAGCACCCGAUGGCAGUGACGAGGUGGCCCCCGGGGCCUUGGGGGUCAUUGAGGGCAGCUAUUCUUGUCUGGCCCAUGGCCCCUUCGGAGUGGUGGCCAGCCAGGCCGCUGUGGUCAAGCUCGCCACACUUGCAGGCUUCUCUCUGCACCCUGAGUCUCAGACGGUAGAGGAGAAUGGGACAGCUCGGUUUGAAUGUCACAUUGAAGGGCUGCCUGCACCAGUCAUUACUUGGGAGAAGGACCAGGUGACAGUGCCUGAGGAGCCUCGGCUCAUCUCUCUUCCCAACGGCGUCCUCCAGAUCCUUGACGUUCAGGAGAGUGACGCAGGCUCCUACCGCUGUGUGGCCACCAACUCAGUCCGCCAGCACCUCAGCCAGGAGGCCCUACUCAGUGUGGCCCGCAGAGGGUCCGUGGCUGCCACCAGAGGGCAGGACGUGGUCAUCGUGGCAGCUCCGGAGAACACCACGGUGGUGUCUGGCCAGAGUGUGGUGAUGGAAUGCGUAGCCUCAGCUGACCCCACCCCUUUCGUGUCCUGGGUCCGGCAGGACGGGAAACCCAUCUCCACGGAUGUGAUCGUUCUGGGGCGCACCAAUCUACUAAUAGGCAGCGCGCAGCCCCGCCACUCCGGUGUCUAUGUCUGCCGAGCCAACAAGCCACGCACGCGCGACUUUGCCACGGCUGCCGCCGAGCUCCGCGUUCUGGCGGCCCCAGCCAUCUCGCAGGCGCCCGAGGCGCUGUCGCGGACGCGGGCGAGCACAGCGCGCUUCGUGUGCCGCGCGUCCGGGGAGCCGCGGCCUGCGCUGAGCUGGCUGCAUGACGGGGCGCCGCUGCGGCCCAAUGGGCGCGUCAAAGUGCAGAGCGGCGGCGGCAGCCUGGUCAUCACGCAGAUCGGCCUGCAGGACGCCGGAUACUACCAGUGCGUGGCCGAGAAUGGCGUGGGCACUGCGUGCGCUGCCGCGCCGCUGGCCGUGGUGGUGCGCGACGGGCUGCCCAGCGCCCCCACGCGCGUCACGGCCACACCGCUGAGCAGCUCCGCUGUGCUGGUGGCCUGGGAGCGGCCGGAGCUGCACAGCGAGCAGAUCAUCGGCUUCUCCCUUCACUACCAGAAGGCGCGGGGCAUGGACAACGUGGAGUACCAGUUUGCUGUGAACAAUGACACCACAGAGCUACAGGUUCGGGACCUGGAGCCCAACACUGACUAUGAGUUCUACGUGGUGGCCUACUCCCAGCUGGGGGCCAGCCGCACCUCGACCCCCACGGUGGUCCACACGCUGGAUGAUGUCCCCAGUGCAGCGCCCCAGCUCUCCCUGUCCAGCCCCAACCCCUCGGACAUCAGGGUGGCGUGGCUGCCCCUGCCUCCUGGCCUGAGCAAUGGGCAGGUGAUGAAGUACAAGAUAGAGUAUGGUUUCGGAAAGGAAGAUCAGAUUUUCUCCACCGAGGUGCCAGGGAAUGAGACACAGCUUACGCUGAACUCGCUUCAGCCCAACAAGGUGUAUCGAGUACGGAUUUCGGCUGGCACAGGUGCAGGCUACGGGGCCCCCUCCCAGUGGAUGCAGCACAGGACGCCCAGUAUGCACAACCAGAGCCAUGUCCCCUUUGCUCCUGCAGAGUUGAAGGUGUGGGCAAGGAUGGAGUCCCUGGUCGUGUCUUGGCAGCCGCCCCCUCACCCUGCCCAGAUCUCUGGCUACAAACUGUACUGGCGGGAGGUGGGGGCCGAGGAGGAGGCCCAUGGCGAGAGCCCUCCAGGGAGCCGUGGAGACCAGACUUGGGAUGUGGGGCCCGUCCGGCUCAAGAAGAAAGUGAAGCAGUAUGAGCUGACCCAGCUCGUCCCCGGACGGCUGUAUGAGGUGAAGCUCGUGGCAUUCAACAAACACGAAGAUGGUUAUGCAGCAGUGUGGAAGGGCAAGACAGAGAAGGCUCCCACACCAGACCUGCCUAUCCCAAGGGGGCCACCCUUGCCCCCUGCCCACGUCCAUGCAGAAUCCAACAGCUCCACAUCCAUUUGGCUUCGGUGGAAAAAACCAGACUUCACCACAGUCAAGAUUGUCAACUACACUGUGCGCUUCAGCCCCUGGGGGCUCAGGAAUGCCUCCCUGGUCACCUACUAUACCAGCAGCUCUGGCGAAGACAUCCUCAUUGGCGGGCUCAAGCCAUUUACCAAAUACGAGUUUGCGGUACAGUCCCAUGGCGUGGACAUGGAUGGGCCCUUUGGCUCCGUGGUGGAGCGCUCCACCCUACCUGACCGGCCCUCGACGCCCCCAUCCGACCUGCGCCUGAGCCCCCUGACGCCAUCCACCGUUCGACUGCACUGGUGCCCCCCGACAGAGCCCAAUGGGGAGAUCGUGGAGUAUCUGAUCCUCUACAGCAACAAUCACACCCAGCCAGAGCACCAGUGGACUCUGCUCACCACGGAGGGAAAUAUCUUCAGUGCUGAGGUGCACGGCCUAGAAAGCGACACUAGGUACUUCUUCAAGAUGGGGGCACGCACAGAGGUGGGGCCCGGACCCUUCUCUGGUCUGCAGGAUGUGAUCACUCUCCAGGAGAAGCUGUCAGACUCCCUGGACGUGCACUCGGUCACGGGCAUCAUUGUGGGCGUCUGCCUGGGCCUCCUCUGCCUCCUGGCCUGCAUGUGCGCUGGCCUGCGCCGCGGCCCUCACAGGGAAGCCCUUCCGGGUCUUUCUUCCACGGCCACCACUGGGAACCCUGCGUUGUACUCCCGAGCCCGGCUUGGCCCCCCCAGUCCUCCAGCUGCCCGUGAACUGGAGUCCCUUGUGCACCCCCGUCCCCAGGACUGGUCCCCUCCUCCCUCAGACAAUGAGGGCAAGGCCGAAGUGCACAGCCUUAUGGGGGGCGGCAUUUCGGACUGCCGGGGUCACCCCAAGAGAAAGAUUUCCUGGGCUCAGCCAGCCGGGCCGAGCUGGGCAGGCUCCUGGGCGGGCUGUGAGCUGCCCCAGGCGGGCCCCGUGCCCUCGCUCGCCCAAGCCCUGCUACCCCCUGCUGGAACUGGGCAGACUCUGCUGCUGCAGGCUCUGGUGUAUGACGCCAUAAAGGGCACCGGGAGGAAGAAGCCGCCUCCAGCCUGCAGGAACCAGGUAGAGGCCGAAGUCAUUGUCCACUCUGACUUUAGUGCCUCCCAAGGGAACACUGACCUCCAUCUCCAAGACCUGGAACCUGAGGAUCUCCUGCCUACAGAGGCUCCUGACCUCACCUUGGGUGUGGCGGAUCUAGGGCACAGGGCAGACUGGCUGGACAUGGAGCUGGGAGGGUGUGAGCAGGCAGCCACUGGGCCAGACAGACUUACCUGCCUGCCAGAGGCUGCCAGUGCUUCCUGCGCCUACUCGGAUGUCCAGCCCACCGAGGUUCUGGAGGCCCCUGGGGCCAGCUGCCAGCCCAAGGCCCCCUGCCCUCUAGCAGCCAGCCCAGCCCUGCCCAGAGGCCCUGUCUCCUCCUCUGCUUAGCUCCCUCCCCUAGGGAAUGCAAUUGUGAGGCAGGCUGCUGUGGAUCAUGGGACAUGACAUACGUGGCCACACAUGCACCUGCAGAUACUGACCGUCAUCACGCUGUUUGCAGCCUUCAGCUGGGGGGGUGGAGAGAAGUGGAUUGUUCACUCUCCCUGUACUCUGUGACACAUGUAUGUGUGAGAGACAUAUAAGACACAGCUACACGUGACAUACACACGUGUGAGGCACAGGCCUAUGUGCUGGUUGGUGAGCUGGGGAACUGUGGCCCUGGCAGUGGUCACCAGCUAAUUGAUCUUCCAGGUCAGGACAAUGCCCCCAGCCCUGGCGGGCCCCCUCCGUCACCCAGCCUUUUAUUACACACUCUGAGAGUGUCUCCGAUGCCCUGUCUGACACAGACACCACCAGCCCAUUUUCCUGCCCUGCUGGGCUGAGUGCAAGUAGGCUCCGAACGCCUAACAUUUAGCUGCACCGCCUCCCAUCUCCCAUGCCCCCAUUGCCUAAAUUGAGAAUGUGACCUGGGCUCCCCUCAGAGCAACUCUGUUUAAUUUUGUAAUGUGGGAAGUGCCUGGUUUUGAAAAUCUUCUGGUCUCCCUUUCUCUCUCUCCCCUCCUCCCUUCCCUGUCCUUUCUUCCCCUUAACUGCUCUGGUGGGCUCUCUCUCAGUCACCUUGCUCUCCCAGUUCCAGUGCUCUGCUCUUCCUCCCUGCUGCUCUCUUUUCCUUUCCUCUCUCCUGUUUCUCUUUCUCUCUGUCUCCUUCUGUCUGUGUGUCUCUGCCUCUCUCUCUCCAUCUGUCUGUUCCUCCCUCUUCUCCCAGACUGCGUCAUCUGGUUCUCCUGCCUGGGUUCAGCCUGCAUCCUUCCCUAACAACACGGCUACCUCAUGUCCGUUCCAAGGCCAUACCACUACUCCUGUGUCCGCCGUUCGCUUCACCGCUAGCCUCUUGCCCCGUCCUCCCUCUGGGACUCUGCACGCCUCCUUGUUUCCUUGCAGACUGCCAGCCCCAGGGCCGGCUUGGAGAUGACCUUCCAGUUUCCCUGGAUCUUUCUCCUGGCGUUGGGAUAGGGGAGAUCCCCCUGGGGAUGAAGUCAAGUCACAAAGGGGAAUGGACCCAGUGGCUCAGGAAAGUAACCCCCUCCCUUUUAUGCAGGGAGGCAGGUUUGCUGGAUGGAAGUGGUUUUGGAUCUUCCUUCACAGCUGAAGCUAAAGCAGGAUAAGUGGGACAGGUGUUAGGGAAACUGCAGCCCAAGCUCCUUCCCACUCUGUGCCCCUUGAAUGUGAACUGAUGGGGAGGGGGGGUUGUUGAGAAGAAUCUCAUGAAUCUUUACUUGGCACACUUAACUCUCUGCAGUCCCACCCUGGGGUGUUGGAAGGGAGGUCUUUGCACAGGACAAGGGUGGUUGGCUCGUUUUGACUCACCACACGGGGACAAGUUUGACUUCUAGUUCCUGUGUGGAGCAGUGUCAUUUAUUUGAUUUUUCACCUCUGUCCCCUCACAGGAGCAUAGAACGUGGGAUAUUUGCUUCCUAAUUGCAUCUUUUUAACUGAUUGGUACACCAAGGGUUAACUCUGGCUUCUGGGCCAAAUUGGAAAUAACCAGUCUGUCCUUUUUUUUUUUUUAAUGGUGAAAUGUCUCUCAGCAGAAUUGCAGCUUCUUCAGACCCUGAAAGCAUCUGUGUUUAUUACACUUCGGUGUCACUCAUGUUUGACAUCCACCCCUAUAUUUCCUCCCCCUCCCCCUCCUUCAACCAGCCUAUGAUAACACUAAAGAUUAUUAAUGUUGGUUUUGUAUCUUGUUAAGGACAGAAUUGUCACUUGUGCUAUUUCUGUAGCAUUCAGCGUUGCUGUGGAUAACACCACUGUAUAUGUUUCAUCAUUGCUCUGAAGGUCAAAAGCCUCAUUUUAUUUUGCUGGUUUUUUAAGGAAAAAAAAAAAAAACUGCCCUGAACUAAAUGGCUGUUUUAACAGUAGGCUCUUAGCAUUACACCACAUACUCAUUUUUCAUGUUCUUGUUUAACAGGCACUGAGGUUCUGGUUUAAAUUAAAUAGCUGCAAAUGAGACAAUUUAUAACCCAUUAGGUUGGGUGGAAAAUUGUUUCUCAAAAGCAAAUAAGUAAUAAAUCUGGUAUCUGCCUGUAACUCACACUUGAUAAGAAAGUCGCCAUUACUCACUAGCAUUAUAUAUGAUUUGGGCUCUGGGUAAUUUUGGAAGUGUUAGGUCUGUGUCUUUUGUAGCAGUAUUCUUAUUAGAAAAGAAUCUAUUGGCCUUUUACAGGGUAUUAGUCCCUUUGUCACCUUCCAUCUUGAUGCCUUAAUUUUUCCAAGAAUCUCAUUUUAAAGAUCUUCCUUUUCUUGAUGCAUGACAAAUGUAACCGGUACCUGCUCAUUUAUUUGUCUAUUAUUUAGUGUAUGUUGUAUUAUUUAAUUAUUUUUCCAGAAUUUCUUUUUUCUCCUUACAAAUAUGAUAUUCUUUAGUGUUAAGCCAAGGCCUUGAUCAUGUGU